UCCGGGGAGCCCAGAUAUAGUGAAUGCGGUGGUCCGGGGAGACCGGAUAUAGUGAAUGCAGGGUCCUGGGAGAGCGGAUAUAGUGAAUGCAGGGUCCAGGGAGAUCGGAUAUAGUGAAUGCAGGGUCUGGGGAGACCAGAUAUAGUGAAUGCAGGGUCCCGGGGGAGACCUGAUAUAGUGAAUGCAGGGUCCGGGGAGACCAGAUAUAGUGAAUGCAGGGUCCUGGGAGACCAGAUAUAGUGAAUGCAGGAUAUAGUGAAUGCAGGGUCCGGGGAGACCAGUUAUGGUGAAUGCGGGG